GAACCCCAGUCUAAUAUAAGGGGAAUAUUAGCAAAACAAGAUUACUUACCAUUUUCUUUCAAAAAAGAAGAUUACUUAGCAUUUGUAUUUAGCAGUUUGUUGUACUGUAUCUCACAGCAAAACACACACAUUUUCAAAUGGAAAGCAUUGGUGUUCUAAUGACAUACCCAAUGAACACAAACCUCGAAGAACAACUCUCCAACCGUUUCAACCUCUUCAAACUCUGGAACUAUCCUUCCUUCCAAUCCUUCUCAGAAACCCACGCAAAUUCAAUUCGUGCAUUGGUUUGCAACACCAAAAUCGGAGCGGAUGCAAAUACAAUCGAUUCUCUUCCUAAUCUUGAGAUUGUUUCUACUUACAGUGUUGGAUUUGAUAAAAUUGAUCUGAAGAAAUGCAGGGAGAAAGGGAUUUGUGUUACGAAUACGCCGGAUGUGUUGACUGAUGAUGUUGCUGAUCUUGCUAUUGCUCUUGCUUUGGCUGUGUUCAGGAAGAUUCCGAUGAGUGAUGGAUAUGUGAAGAGUGAGCUUUGGAAAUGUUCUGAUUAUCCUUUAACUUCUAAGUUUAGUGGUAAAGCAGUUGGAAUUGUUGGUUUGGGAAGGAUUGGUUCAGCAAUAGCAAAGAGAGCUGCAGCAUUUGGGUGCCCAGUUAGUUACCACUCAAGAUCUGAAAAACCAGAGGCAGGAUCAUAUAAGUAUUACCCUAACAUCCCUGAUUUGGCAGCUAACUCUCAAAUACUUGUUGUAGCAUGUGCCCUCACCGACGAAACACGUCAUAUUGUGAAUCGUGAAGUUAUUGAUGCAUUGGGCCCAAAAGGGGUUAUUAUCAACAUUGGUCGUGGACCAAUCAUCGACCAACCAGAACUCGUGGCUGCGUUGGUCGAAAGACGGUUGGGUGGAGCGGGACUCGAUGUGCUUGAGAAUGAACCCGAUGUUUCUGAGGAGUUAAUAGGCCUUGAGAAUGUUGUGCUCACUCCUCAUAUAGGGAGUGACACUGUGGAGACUUGCAAUGACAUGUCAGACCUUUUGAUUGCAAACUUGGAAGCCCACUUUAAUGGCAAGCCACUUUUGGCUCCAGUCUUGUGAUAUUAUUGAUUGAAUUAUAUUUGAAUAAUGGUUUGUCAAUGUCUAUUAUACAACUUAAACUGCUAUAGAUAUUUCUUAUCUGAUGCUCUGAACACAUGAUUUGGUUUGGAUAAUUUCUUUGUUGUUCUUGUAUGCAAGAAACAUAUGUGAGAACAUCUUCAAGGUGAUGUCUUAAAUAGGUUCCAUGUAAUCAACAAAAGUUCCAUCUCAUUUAGGUGGCAAGUUAGAUUCCUUAAAAAUAAGAAACAUUCUUAAUAUAAAGAAGUGUUUAUGAGAAUCAA